CUGCACUGUUGCUCCCCGUUACCUGUAGAUGAUUAAUAUAGUUGAUAAAGGGCUAUGUCAAAAGCUAAGCAGGUAGCAGCCGUUAACCUCAGCCCUGCUCCCAAUCCAGGAGCUCUGAUUUUCCAGACCACAGACCGAGCAGUCAUCAAGAUACACGGCAAGCGUAAGGCUGGAUCUGCAAGUCAUCACGCACCAGCCAGGUUCGGCUGCUACUUCUGCAGGAAGUGCCGAUCAGCAGAUCAGUCCUGCAUAAAUCAAGCGCCCCGUCGAUGGGUUCCGGCGGAAGCGAACCGCCGGUCCGAGCUAAUGUGCGAUGAUAUGUAUGUCCUAAGUUAAGUCACAUCUGCGUAUCUUUACUGUAGGAUUUGUGGCUGUGCGGAUUGCGUCAGUUUUCGUAUCGUUUAAUCCGGGAUUGGGGGUGCAUGUGUAGUUAAUUUACAUUACUUAGACAGCAUACGCUAAGCCUUGUAGGUCGAGUGUUAAGUCGCCUGCCAAGAGCUGUUCAGGGCCUCUCCUGCCGGAUAAUUCUGGACUACUGUCCUGAAUUAUAGGUUAUCUUUUGAUUGCCCGGAAGGCUUUUAUAGAUAGUUGGAGACUAUUUUAGCUGCACCGAUGAACAUGAUUAAUAGAGGCGUAUAUUGUUAUAUGG